GAAGGAUUUUUUUUUGUUAGUUACGAACAGGAUUUAAAAGUAGGUUUUCAAGCAUAAAAUCAUGUCAGUUCCCAUGGUUACAUGAUUAUUUUUUGUGGGAAGUAUUCCUGUGUGAUGGCUUGGGGUCGUCUCGUCAGCUGUCCAGUUUUGGACUAGAGGCCUGCUGAGUGCCAAGGGAGACAGUCCCAUCCACAAAGACACACUCACUGUCACACCAAUCACCAUAAACUCUGCACUCCGGUGUCUAUAUCAUCAGAAUAGCUGUGUGAGGAGAUGGCAAGUCACAGAGACCCACGCUUUCUGCACAACCUGUCCUACCAUCCACGAUGGCAGCACGACUCAAUUAAAGUGAGGAGAAAAAGACAUAUGCGGACAGCGGCUACGAACAGUUCCAGUGGAUGUAGUCUGUCUAAAUCAAUAGCAGCUUCAUCAUCAUUGUCACCAGGAUCUUUGUCAUCUAAACCACAGUUGCCAUCAUCCCAAUGCUUUCAGAGCUGCCGGUGGAACUGGUUUCUCUUGCCAUUAGUCCUAUUCUUAAUUCUGCCCUGUCAAGCUUGGGCAACCACGUUCAAGGUGGCCCUGGUAGGACCGUGGACAUGUGACCUGUUAUACUCCAAAGCCCUCCCUGACUUGGCAGCCCGCCUUGCCACCAGCCGCAUCAACAAGGACCCCUACCUCAACAAAGGCUACUGGUAUGACUACACGCUGAUCAAUGAGGAUUGCAAGUCCUCCCGUGCCCUUGCUCGCUUUGCUGAGCUGGAUGGUUAUGGUGCUGCUUUCCUGGGCCCCGCAAACCCCGGCUACUGCUCAUCAGCUGCUCUGUACACAAAGGAGUGGGAUGUUGGGAUUCUUUCCUGGGGUUGCCUCAAACCCAACAUGAACAGAGGAGGGAUGUAUCCGACAUUUCUGCGGCCGCUGCCACUUUCAUCCCAUGUUCUCUUCGCUGUGUUGCGGUUCUUUCAUUGGGCCCAUGUGGCCAUAAUCUCAGAGGAGACAGACCUGUGGGAAGCCACAGGACAGGAGCUGGCCUCAUCCUUGAGGGACCUUGGCCUACCUGUCAACCCUGUGGUCACUAUGGGGGAUGACAAGGAGGGGCCUCGGAGAGCCCUGACAAGGGUGCGGGAAGCAGACCGGGUUAGAGUGAUCAUUAUGUGCAUGCCUUCUGUCCUGAUUGGUGGUCAGUCGCAGUACCAACUUCUGACAACAGCCUUGCACAUGCGUAUGAUUGACCGUGGUUACGUGUUCAUCCCCUAUGACACCCUGCUUUACGCACUACCCUACAAGGAUGCACAUUACUAUUCCUUAGGCAAUGACACCAAGCUGCGGAAAGCCUUUGACGGGGUCCUCACCAUCACUAUGGAUUCUGGAGAACGCAAUUUCCAUGAAGCCUUUAGAGAUGCUCAAGACAGCUAUGAAAUCCGCAGCAGCACCCCACCAGAGCAGGUUUCUCCAUUCUUUGGCACCAUCUACAACAUGAUAUACUACAUAGCUAUGGCAGCUGAGCAGGCCCGUGCCAAUGGAGGCCGUUGGGUAACUGGUCAGAUCCUGGCUGACAGCAAGGGCGGCUUUGAUUUUGAAGGCUUCAAUCAGCCGUUGAAGGCUGGCAGGAACGGUGAAGGCAUGCAAGCUCCCUAUGUAGUGCUCGACUACAGCGGCAUUGGCAGCACCCUUUAUUCCACUCAUACUCUGCAGGCUAUGUAUACAGAUGGCACGACUGGAAGCUUGAAAUACAUUCAAUCGAUACAUUUCGCAGGCAGCACGCCCUACACAGACUCGGGUUGUUGGUUCAGCCCAUACUUUGCCUGUGCUGGAGGCAUGGAUUCGGUGACUAUUUUAUUUUUUUCCCUUUUGGUCAUCUCACUGAUUGGAUUUGGGGUGAACUUUGGUAGUCUCAAGAGAGGCACCAGAAUUGGGUUCAGUUUUGGAGGUGGUGGUGAUGGAUCAUCGAAAGUAGUUUUGACCCUGGAUGACCUGAUCUUCAUCAACACUCAGAUCAGCAAACGGAAGCUCACUGAUGAAAGUAUCUUGAGAAGCCAGCUGGAUAUGAAGACGCCUCACCAUUCAGUGUCUGGACGCAGCUACUUGGCCUCCACACCAGACAGUUCGAAUGUUGCCGUGUUUGAGGGUGACUGGGUUUGGUUGAAGAAAUGCCCCACUGGAGUUGUAUCAGGUGUUAACAGCAACACGGAGAACCUCUUUGUCAAGCUCAGAGACAUGAGGCACGAGAACAUCAAUCUGUUCCUGGGGCUUUUCUUCGACUCUGGGAUCUUUGGCAUUGUGACCGAACACUGCAGCAGGGGCAGCUUGGAGGAUCUGCUGAACAGCGAGGAAGUGCGUCUUGACUGGAUGUUCAAGUCUUCCCUGUUAAUGGAUCUGAUUCGGGGAAUUAAGUAUCUGCACAACCGCGACAUCAUCCAUGGCCGGCUCAAAUCCCGUAACUGUGUGGUAGACGGGCGCUUUGUGUUGAAGGUGACGGAUUAUGGGUACAACGAAAUCUUGAUUGCCCAGAGCAUUGACACAGAGGAGGAAAAGCCUGAAGAUCUGCUUUGGACGGCUCCUGAGCUGCUGCGGAAUCCCGGUCAGAGGAGGAGGGGCACUUACGCUGGUGAUGUCUACAGCUUUUCCAUCGUCUCUCAGGAGGUCAUCUGCCGCUCUUCACCUUUCUGCAUGCUGGAUAUGCCUCCCAAGGAGAUCGUCAGCAAGGUCAAAGAUUGUCCUCCAUUGUGUCGGCCUGUUAUGUCAGUGGACGAGGCCCCGGUAGACGUGAUACAAGUCAUGAAACAGUGCUGGAGCGAAGAGCCGGAGAAGAGGCCGACCUUUGAGGAGAUUUUCAAACAGUUCAAGAACAUCACCAAGGGAAAGAAGACCAACAUCAUCGACUCUAUGCUGCGCAUGUUGGAGCAGUACUCAUCCAACUUGGAGGAUCUGAUUAGAGAGAGGACCGAGGAGCUGGAGGUGGAGAGACAGAAGACAGACAAGCUGUUGGCUCAGAUGUUGCCCAAGUCUGUGGCUCAGGCACUGAAGACAGGAAAGCCCGUCAAACCCGAGCAUUUCAGCGAGGUCACGCUGUACUUCAGUGACAUCGUGGGCUUCACCACCAUCUCAGCUCUCAGCGAACCCAUCGAGGUUGUCGACUUACUCAAUGACCUCUACACACUCUUUGAUGCUAUCAUUGGACUGCAUGACGUCUACAAGGUGGAAACUAUCGGAGAUGCCUACAUGGUAGCUUCGGGAGUUCCCAGUAGGAACGGCAACCGUCAUGCAGCUGAGAUGGCCAACAUGUCUCUGGACAUCCUCCAUUGCAUCGGGACCUUCAAGAUGAGGCACAUGCCUGAUCUCAAAGUCAGAAUCCGUAUUGGUCUGCACUCAGGCCCAGUGGUAGCAGGAGUCGUGGGUCUUACGAUGCCUCGGUACUGUCUGUUUGGAGACACUGUCAACACAGCAUCUCGAAUGGAGUCCACGGGGUUGCCUUACAGGAUCCAUGUCAACCAAAGCACAGUCGAUGUCCUGAACAGCUUGAAGCUGGGAUACAAGAUUCAAGUCAGAGGCCUGACCGAGUUAAAGGGAAAAGGCAUUGAGAACACAUACUGGUUGGUAGGGAGGGAUGACUUCACCAAGCCGCUGCCUGUACCUCCAGACCUUCAAGGGGGAAGCAAUCACGGCAUUUCAUUAGAGGAGGUACCUCCUGACAGAAGACAGAAAUUCCUGGAUCGACAGAAGAAGAUGGGCUAGCCUCAUGUUUUUUGUUAUUUAUUUAUUUAUUUAUUUAUUCAUUUUUUACUGGUGUUCCAGAAUGAAAUGUGAGAUUUUUCCACCAUGUAUGAAAACAAAGCGAGACCAAUGCGAAUGGCAAUGUUGAACAUCCCAACAUUCAGCGACAAUCUACCACAGAUUUACGCGACGCUCAACAAGAAAUUCAGCAGCAGUGACAUGAGAAUUCACACUUUUUUCCAAAUUUUGAAAUCUUUUUUUUUUUUUUUUGAUACCAAUAUAAUCUCAGAGAUUCUCUCAGUUCAUAGUUUUAGCACAUCGGCAUCACAAUAUAAAACCUGGCGCCAAGGUGCAAAAAAUAAGGACUGGAAAGAGGCUUCUGUCCAAAUCAUACUUGUUCAACAGUUGUUUUAUACUGAAAAUCAAAGUAAUCACACAACACAAUGACAAUACUGAGCCUGAAUACAGGUGUUGGUUUAGAGGCCAGUAAUCACCUAACAAGAAAACGAUUGUGAUUGAUGUCUGUUCCAUGUACUGUAUGUAUUUGUACUGAUCUUUGUGCUUCGUAGAGAUAAUAGAGGGAUUUUUUCAUGAGCUCUCCCCACACUGCUCCACUCCACAUUUUUUUUUUUUUUUUACAAUGUCAGAGACAUCUCCAUUGUAAUUAAAGCCGGAGUGCAGCAGGCAGGUCAGUGUGUGGUUGAGAGCUCAGGUCAAACUGGACGAAUGCAGCCAUGUUGUACAAAAGAAACAGUCAAAGUAUGUCAAACAAAACAUCAGUUUUAUUCAUUAAAUGUUAGAUUUAAUUAUUAAUGUGAAAUUUUAAAAAAAUGCACUAUCUACUUUUAUUAACGCUUUACCCAUUGCUAUCAUAGAAGUGUUGACUUGACUGAUUUAUCGACUCAAUUAAACGGAUCUCAAGACAAGAAUGUGCUUUAAAGUUUAGUUAAUUGACUUGUUCUGAAGACGAUGAUAAAAAAAAACCCAACAAGACUGAAACAAAAAAAAAAUUCUAACAUGUAGCAACAAAUCAGCACAAAACACAGUAUAGUUUUUGAAAGAUUUAUGUGCAUCCACAGUAUGUUUCUCUCCCUAAUCGUGGUAGAGAUACUACAUACGGUAUGUAUUGUUUUUAACGAUGUGUGUAUUGCUUUUAAACAUCAUGCUGACAUUUUCUACCGAAACAUAAGAAGACGUACCUAACAUACAAACGAGACCCAAACUAUUGCUAUCGCUAACAGCCGCGCGGCUUCACCUCCGGUACAUUUCCACCACAGCCCAUUACUGAAACAGGCUGCAUGCAUGGCUGAAUGUGUUUUUAAUAGGACAGCAAUAGGAAGACCUGAUUGCUGCAUAUCUGCAGAAUGUCUGAUACAAUCGACUGGAAAAUGAUCAUCUCUGAUAAUGUGCUCCAGCAGAUUGAGCCUUUUCAUGUGUGUGUCGCCAUCUUUUUAGAAGGAAAAUGUCUGGCUGUGUCAGGGUUCUUCAGCCAUUAUCUUCAUUUUUUGGUUUCUCUCCAGGACCCCAAACAGCAGCUGUGUCCGAACAUCCUCCGAGAAUCAUUCAAAUGUUGAAUUGAACACAACCUAUGGCAGGGAGCAGGCAUUCAAAAGAAAAAAAAGGGGAGGAUAAAGUGUUUGGAGUCAUUUCUCUUCAGCCUGAGGGUGUGUAUAUAAUGUAUAUUUGUACAAAGUUAGUUUAUCUUUGUGUCCUGUGCAGGGUUAGGGAGUUUUUUCUUUCUUGCUUGGGUUCCCUAAAUCCCUGACACAAAAGGAGAUAUCAACAAAACACAAGGGUUUAAUCACAGUGCACACAAAAAAGCAAGCAGCCGCAUUGUUCGCUCACUCUCCGUCGCCUCGCUAAUUGUCUGCCGCAGCACUGAUACUGAAGCAACAAUAGGCGGGCAGUGUCAGGGUGUGAUUUCCCUCUGACAGCACUUUCAGUCUGUGGACAUUUUUUUGAAUUUCGGAUUCUCGCUGCUGACCACUUCUAGCACACGCCGACUUAUCACAGUAGCUCCACGUAUUGACAAACCGAACGGACACCUGAUGACUUGAUUAUCAGGUUGCCAGGGCUUUUGGUGGAGUCUUUCACACCACUGAGUGUUUAGCCCCAGCUCAAAAAAAAAAAGAAAAAAAAAAGGGUGAUUCGAGCCCCUGGUGAAGAGGAAAAAAAUGCAGGACUCCUCUUCAUCAAAGUGAGGAAUGAGGGGAAGCCGUCUGAAUGUUUCUUUGAUGGGUCAUCUAAGGAACAAAAAUGAGUUAUUCUGUUACAAAGGUAGGAACUAAUUAUUCUAGAUUUUUAAUCAAUUUGCCAAAUAGAUAGAUGCCAUCAAAACUAAAUGGACUGUACUGUUCACCGUGAAAAGUGAUCUCAACAUGAGUAAAUCUGUAAAUAAAUUAUGGUUUUAGUGAG